UAUUUUAUUCCACCGGACGGGGCUCUGUUACGCACAUGUUCGCCGUUUCCUUGGUAACAACCAUUUACCAUACACGUUGACGAUUUAUUUAAACAACAUGGAUAUCCAGGAACGAAAUGUGCGAGACUGCGGAGCCAACAUCGUAGAAAUGGUUGACAUGGAAGAAGAACAUUUUGCUAUUUCAAGUUCCUCAGCAGCAGACGCAGCUUUUGAUGCGGUUAUUGGCUACAUAGAGGACAUCAUCAUGGAGGAGGAGUUCCAGUAUCUUCAGCAGAACUUCAUGGAGAAACACUACCAGGAGUUUGAGGACUCUGACGAGAACAAGCUCAGUUACACACUUAUCUUCAAUGAGUAUGUUGACCUGCUGGAAAAACACCUGGAGCAGCAGCUGAUGGAGAGGAUCCCCGCCUUCAACAUGAACACUUUCACAGAGCUGCUAAUGCAACACAAAGAGGAAGUUCCAGGUGACAUCUUUGACAUGCUGCUGACGUUCACUGACUUCAUGGCCUUUAAGGAGAUGUUUCUGGAAUACAGAGCUGAGAAGGAGGGCCGAGGUCUGGACCUGAGUCAAGGACUGGUGGUUACAUCUCUGAUCUCUGCAGGCUCCAAACACAUCGGCUCCACUCAAUCCCAGUGACACUCACACUCAAAAAGUCAAAUAUUUAAAUUGCAUCCUCUUCUAUACGUUUAUAUAACAUUUUCUCCAUUGGCUUUCACAAAGUUGUUAGCUUGUUUUUGUGAGUUUUGUUUCUACUCUAAUGGUGAGCUGCUGGAUACAUGCCCCUUAUUUCUACAGUUUGCGCACAAAUGACCCCUAAUGGCAAAUUCAUAUAUGCAUUCCUCUGUAUUUUAUGUGGCAAUUGGGAUGGUAUGGGGGUUUAAGAGGCUGUUUAUAGAUAGAGCGAAGGUGAAAGUAUUUGGCUUUCUGCUUCCUAAGCACUGCACUGGACAUAAUGACUACUUGACAUAUUCAAAUGAGUUUAACUGUAAUCUGCAGGUGAGAGGCCUAAUCCUGAUAUUACAUAUAAUCUUAUUUCGGCCUGUUUUUAUCAGGGGUUUGUAUUUAUUAGUUCUGCCUGCUUGGGGAGAAGGAACCCAGUACUAUGGUGCUAGUACUAGAUUUGUCUGUGUGUUUUUCAGGUCAUCCUACUCAUUCUGCUAAUAGUAUCACCAAAUCCCCUUGUAAGCAGGGGAAACCAUUUGAUAUGAUUGAAUGUUUGGCUCUGCCCUCUUUGCCUGUGGGGAGGAGCAAGUGUCAGCUGUGGUGCAAGGGGGCCAGGGGAUGAACGUGAGCUUUUGCCGGCCGUCGAACAGGAUCAUGAAGAAGAGGAUUGUGGUGAGGAUCCACAGAGUGACGGCCACAAACAUCACCCAGCCAUAUGCUGGCAGCAAAGUGUAGGGGGCACCGGCUAUCAACGCCCACUGGAGCAGCCCCAGAA